AUGGACAGAAAAAAAAGCGAUGUAUGGAAUCAUUAUUCGGUUAUUAAUAGUGGAAUGGCUAAAUGUUCGUAUUGUUCAAAUUCGGUGUCUUAUAAAGGCGGAUCAACUACAAACUUAAGUAAACACUUAAAACGAAAACACAUAAUUCAAUAUGAAAGUAGAAAACAUCCGCGUAUUAAUGAAAUGAUUGAACAAAAUGUUGAUGAACCAAGUAAGCAAAAUACACCCGAAACAAAUAAUGAUCAAAACCAACCUUCUACAUCAAUCAAUGCAAUUAAUGUCAUAAAUAAAUCUCGUCCCAUACAAAAAAGUGUAGAUUCGUAUUUUAUUAACAAUAAACCACUUUCUGUUUCAAAACAAAAAACAAUUGAUGAACAGCUAGGAGUUAUGAUUUCAAAAAAAUUCCAACUUUUCAGUUUAGUUGAAAAUGUUGAAUUUAAAAAAUUCAUAUAUUUAUUAAAUCCUAGGUAUCAGUUACCAUCGAGGAAAACUGUUUCGAAAUCUAUUUUACCACAGUUGUAUGAGAAAACAAGAGAAAAAGUUAGAAAUAAUUUAUUAAAUGCCAAAUAUAUUUCAUUUACAACUGAUGGCUGGACUUCCAUAAAUAAUGAUAGUUUCAUUGCUGUCACUGUACAUUUUAUCGAUCCAGAAGAGUGUGUUUUAAAAACAUUUUUACUUGGAUGUUUUAACAUGGUGGAAUUCCACACAGUUGUAAAUUUGUCAUUAUUUUUAAAUAAUUGUUUUAAAGACUGGAAUAUAACAGAAAAAGUAAAAGUUGCUGUAAGUGACAAUGCUGCGAAUAUAACAUCAGCAAUCGUCAUGAAUCAAAAUUGGCGCCAUAUUCCCUGUUUAGCGCACACAUUAAAUCUAAUUGCACAAUCUGGACUAGGUGAAAUGCAAAACGUUCACAAAAAAGUAAAAAACAUCGUUGAAUAUUUUAAACGAAGUACAAAAGCAAAUUUAAAACUUAAAAAUGCACAAAAACAAAUAGGAUACCCGGAAUUAAAGUUAAUUCAAGACGUUUGUACGCGGUGGAACUCCACGUAUGACAUGUUUCAACGGUGUAUCGAUAAUAAAGAACCUCUUAUGAGUACAAUUGCAAUAAUAGGUAAUAUGGAUAAUUUAGUACACGAAGACUUUGAACUAAUAAAACACUACUGUGCGAUAUUUAAACCGUUUAAAGAAGUUACUAUCGAACUAAGAAAAAAAGAACCAAAUUUACCAAAUGCUAUACAUUUGAUGCUUUCUAAAACGGUAAUAAAAGCCAAUGCUAAAUUUGAAAAUAUCGAAAACCAGUCUAUUUUAACAGAAGCAACUAUUUUAGACCCACGUCUAGUAGAAAAUGAAGAAAAUAAGAAAACCAUACCGACCGAUCGUGGAAACGAAACUUUUGAAAUUUGGCAACAGUUUGACUCUCAGGCGUCUACUUCAACUUCAGUUAACACACCAACAUCUGAGGCUAUUGUGGAGUUGGAUAGAUAUUUGAAUGAACCUAUACUGGACCGAAAAUUAGAUCCUCUUAAAUGGUGGAAUGACAGAAAAAAAAUCUAUCCAAAUUUAUUUGAUUUGAUGUUAUUGCGUUUGUGUGUACCAUCAACAUCAGUUCCAAGUGAAAGGGCCUUUUCAAAAGCUGGCUACACCAUUUUCGAAAGACGCUUAGGCAAGUAA